AGGAGACGAAGGGGGCGUCUCCCCAGCUUCUGCGGCGUCGGCGGCGAGCCGUGGUGGAGGCUGGCUGCGGCGGCGAGGGCGACAGUGGCGGCGGCGCCAUGGCUGGGCUCGCAGGAUCCCUGCUGCCUUGGUGAUCCUGGGCUGACAGCCAGAGAGCACAGCGGCUCAGCUCCUGGAGAGAGGGUCGAAGAAAGCAGAGGGCAGCCACCUGCGCCCAGUGGCUCCUAUUAGGUCGGUUCCUGCAGCGGUGGCUGGCAGCCUUGGUGAAGGCCCUGCCUGGCAGAGAUCAUGUAUUGCCUCCAGUGGCUGCUGCCCGUCCUCCUCAUCCCCAAGCCCCUCAACCCCGCCCUGUGGUUCAGCCACUCCAUGUUCAUGGGUUUCUACCUGCUCAGCUUCCUCCUGGAGCGCAAGCCUUGCACGAUCUGUGCCUUGGUUUUCCUGGCAGCCCUCUUCCUCAUCUGCUAUAGCUGCUGGGGAAACUGUUUCCUAUACCACUGCUCUGAUUCCCCGCUUCCAGAAUCUGCCCAUGACCCUGGCGUUGUGGGCACCUAAUGGCUGCCGAGUUAGCUUUCUGAGGAAGCAGAAGACGGGAGGGGAGGCAUUGACAUAGGUCAUCAAGCAUUGGAGUUUCAAAUCCCGCAGCCCCGCGGGUGCCACAUUCCUGACGGCGCCUUUUUGGCCUGUGAUGUUUUAUCCUUACAAUGUGAAUAAUAGCACUGACUGGGUGCUUUUAUUGUAGAGUCCUGUAGUCGUGGGUGGUCUUGUGGUUGUGUGUUCUGUCACCAUCUGGGUCCUUGCUGACAGGAUGGCUCAUCACUGCAAGGAGUCUACACCCAUCCUGAUCAACUACCCUGGUGUGACCUGGGCAGAUAAAAUGCCAGUCUCACUGUCACCUCCAUGACCCCUCCUUCCCUCCUCAGCCCCUCUCCUGAUUUCCCUUUAGUUCUCUCCUCCUCCUUUCCUUUUGGGGGGAGCACCUGUCCAAGACAGGACUUGUCUUUGCACUUAUCUCAAAUUUGAAGAGAUUGCUGACGCCCGAGAGCCUCGCUUUUUCACCCUCCUUUCCCUGUUCAGCAGGCGAGGCAAAAUCAUGUCUCAACUGUUUGUUGUCCAGAGACCUCCGGUAAAUACCUGCCUCAUUUUUUAAAGAAAGAAGCAACAGAGCGAUGUUGCUCUUUGACCUGGGUGUCUGGACUCAUGGCCCAGCCCCCCCCCCUUUGCCCUCCCUCCCGCCUCUUAGCGCUCCUGAGGGGCUUCCUCAUGUCUCCUGCAUGCUGUGCGGGAGGGAGUUAGUCGUGUGUUCAUGGAGACCCAGCUGAGUGAAUGGAAAGUGCCGUGUGUUUCAUAGCAGCCACGAUCCCCUUGAUAGGUGUUUGGGUAUUUUUUGAUGUGCCCUGUGUAUGUGUCUGUGUGUGUGUGUACACAAAUAUGUAUGUCUAUUCCUUUUGAAGAAGCUUUACCGAACGUGUUCUGAUUUGAGGGUUAGUAGUAGCUAGCCAUAGUAGGUCCCACUGCAGUGUUUAUUUAGCAUGGGGAUUGCAGAGUGACUGGCACAGUGGACUCCGGGAUGGUUCAGACAAGAACUCGGGGGAGCAGUGGCCAUCGCCUGCCUGCCGGGAGCCUCUCCGUUCCUGCGCACAUAGACUGACUGCACACUCUGAAGAGUACGCGGGAAGACCUUGUGACUUGUCACUUGCUUUUUAUUUUCUCUGCGCUUCAAUGACAAGUGUUGGCAAAUGAGACUUUGUCCUGGCCCCAGCCCACUGGGGAUCUGCAUGGUUGUCCUUCCAGUGGGAAGUGUCCCUCUCUCUUGCCUGCGGAGGGAGAUCGGUGUGGUCCAGACAGAGGACAGAGCUGGAGGCAGGCUGUGAGGGGACGGGAGGGGAGGCCGCACUUGUGAAACAUUUGGACUGCUGUCCUAGAGCUUUCAUUUCUGAUGUGUUCGUUGCACAGCUGUUUGAAAUGUUUAAUAAAGCUUUAUAAACUUUA